AUGAACGCCGCUUCUGCUCUCCGCGCCAGAAUGGCCACUUCCUUCGUCGCCCGUCGUGGCUUUUCCACCACCCGGGCCCAGCUCGGCAGUCCGUACCACUACGCUGAGGGCCCUCGCUCCAACAUUCCCUUCAACCCUCUGACCAAGUACUUCUUCUGGAGAUACUGGGCUUUCAUGAUCACCGGUUUCGGUGCUCCCUUCGCCAUUGCUGUUUGGCAAACCUACAAGACCCGUUAA